AUGUGGACGAGAACGUACCGCUCUCUCUUUCCUCUGGCGUCCGACAUCGGUUCAGAGUAUAAAAAGGUGGCCAUAGUGGAAAAUUUCUUCGAUAUAAUUUACGGAGUUCACGUAGAAAUUGAUGGAAAAAAUGGAAAACACGCUGGUCAAAAGAAAACUUACCGAACGAUCACCGAAACGUAUUCUUUUCUUCCACGUGAAGCCGUUACAAAAUUUUUAUUAAAUUGUUACGAAUGUCAAAAAAGACCGAAUUCUCCAGCCGUUAAAAAAAUUCUUGGCAACAAAAUGGAAAAUAUAAAAACGUUACCCGAUACCAAAAAAUGUAUAAUAAUGAAAAAAAAAAAUCUAUCGCGUAGUAACAACAUGGCGGUCGCGGAGGAAAAAAAUAAAACUGAGACAGACAUUUCGGAAACGACAGAAAGUUCUAAUUGUGAACAAAACAGUCCCGAAAACCUUUGUAAAAGAGAUAAUAAUAAUAGACAAAGUAACAACAAUAUUGAAAAUUCAAAACCUUGUUCUCAUCGUGAAACUUUAUUAACUUCUACUCCUCUAACUAAUAAUAAUAUUAUAAUAAAAAAACUAAGAAAAAAUUUAUACGACACGUCAUCGGACUCGGAAAUUUCCAACGACAGAGCUUAUUCAAAUAUUGAUUCGAAUACGUUGAAUCUUUUAAAUAAUUACGACAAGUCGACCGGAAGUGACGUUGAUACAUCGGAUUCAUCAUACAAUGAAAAAAAAAUUAUUAAUAAUAUAAAUAUUAUAGAUAAUUUUAAAACGGAAAAUAUUUUUCCAAUAUGUUACCCGUUGCCUAAAUUUAACGGAAGAAAAAAAUUCGUUUUCGAUCGUGGCAGUAGACAAAAAGAAAAUGGCGUCAACGAUUACAAAAGGAUGAGGAUUUCAUCGAAAAAUUUAACAAAAUCAUGA